AUGUCACGAUGGAGCGAGUCGAUUUAUAGCGAACCGAAUACAUCGAGGAAUUCUCAACACGGAUUUCUCACGGAGUUGGAUGCUCGCCUCUAUGAAGGAGUACCCAUGAGCGACCCACAACUGGAUGCUGAAGCAGGCGAAUGGGCGGCACGUUUUCUCCACCUUCGUGUUCGCGGUGUGAAGUGCAACAUCUCGACAGGGAAACCAAAUGGAGGCGGAAGAAACGGUGAUACACGUGAAGGCGACGUCGUCACGGACCUGCAGCUGGUUGCUGAAGCAAAUCUUACUCGUUCGAGUAAGUCUUCUCCAGUUAAGAGAAGCUCAAAGACGUCUGCAACUAAUCAUUCUGCAACCGUGCAUUUGCCCAAGUUAAAUGAAAUGAAAAGGUAA